AAGUUCAGUUUAGUUAUGAUGUGAUGCACCAUGCCCAUAGUGGAUAAACUUAAAGAGGCCCUGAAGCCGGGCCGCAAGGACUCCAAUGAUGAAGGCGACCUCAACAAGCUGCUGGCCUCCUCUGCCAAGAAGGUCCUUCUGCAGAAGAUCGAGUUUGAACCUGCCAGCAAGGGCUUCAGCUACCAGCUCGAGGCACUGAAGAGCAAAUAUGUCAUCUUGAAUCCACGCAGUGACCACGCCACGCCACAGAGGUUUCCAGAAAGCGGCCAGAUCAAGCGUCAGGGUGGAGACGGUGGCGGGCAGGGCGAUGGUAUUCCGGCCCCCCAGAAACAUCUGUUCCCUGGCAACCGUCUGUCUCUGCGCUGGGAGCGGGUGUAUCGGGUGGGGGCAGGGCUCCAUAACCUAGGAAACACAUGCUUCCUGAACUCCACGGUGCAGUGUCUGACAUACACGCCUCCCCUUGCCAACUACCUGCUUUCCAAGGAGCACAGUCGAUCAUGUCACCAGUCAGGCUUCUGUAUGAUCUGUAUCAUGCAGAAUCAUCUCAUCCAGGCCUUCGCUAACACGGGCAACGCCAUCAAACCUGUCUCCUUCAUCAGGGACAUCAAAAAGAUUGCCCGGCAUUUUCGCUUUGGAAGUCAGGAAGAUGCCCAUGAAUUCCUGCGCUACACCAUUGAUGCCAUGCAGAAGGCCUGUCUGAAUGGCUACCCAAAGUUGGAUAGACAGACUCAGGCCACCACCCUGGUCCAUCAGAUUUUUGGGGGUUACCUCAGGUCUCGAGUGAAGUGUUCUAUUUGCAAAAGUGUGUCAGACACUUAUGACCCAUACCUGGACAUUGCUGUUGAGAUCCGACAAGCGGCAAACAUUGUGCGAGCUCUGGAGCUGUUUGUGAAACCGGAUGUUUUAAGUGGGGAGAACGCCUACAUGUGUGCCAAAUGUAAGAAGAAAGUUCCAGCAACAAAGCGCUUCACUGUCCACCGGACAUCCAAUGUCCUGACGCUGUCACUGAAGAGGUUCGCCAACUUCAGUGGAGGGAAGAUCACCAAGGAUGUUGGUUACCCAGAGUUCUUGAACAUCAGGCCGUACAUGUCCCAGAGCACAGGGGACCCAGUAAUGUACGGCCUCUAUGCUGUCCUAGUGCAUUCUGGGUAUAGCUGCCAUGCAGGGCAUUAUUACUGUUAUGUGAAGGCCAGUAAUGGGCAGUGGUAUCAGAUGAAUGACUCGAUGGUUCAUGCCAGCAACAUCAAGGUUGUCCUGAACCAGCAAGCUUAUGUUCUCUUCUAUCUAAGGAUUCCAGAGAGCAGAAAGAAUGCUGAUGGGCCCAAGCAAUGCAUAGGACAGUCUGGGAAGACCAGCGUCACCCCGGAUCUGAAGAAGAAUCUUAAUGCCCCACUAUCUUCACCGCAGAUCUCCAAGAAGUUUGACGCCGCUCACCUGAGGAAGAUCCAGUCUGUGGAUAGCGGUCUCGGGGUGAGCAUCGCCAGGAGCACCUGCAACCUUCACUCGCCCAAACUGACCAACGGCUCUGCCUCCAAUUCCACCACUGCAUCGCAAGCCCCGCCCAGAGGACCUGUCCUAAUAGAGGAGCCCUUUAAGAAGCUGAAGAAGCCCCUCCCACAGCCCCGCCCCAUCAGUCAGACGACCAACGGUGUGGCAAAAGCUGAGAGCGAGAGGCGGGGUGACCGAAGCCUAGCCCAGUCUACCUCACUCAAGUCCCUCUCUGAUUCUGACACCUCAGAGUCUAAGGACUCGGUUGGCACGCGCAGCGCCCCUGUCGGAGUAGCGGGGGCCAUGAACGGCACGGCGUCCCCGUCCCCUUCCAAGAGCGCCGACCGGCUGAAGCCCCCUGCCCUCAGCAGCCUGACCUCGCUCCACAGCACCAUGAGCCCGCCGCCCGCCAAGCGCCUCGCCCUCUCCGCCAAGAAGGAAGCCAGUCACAGCCGGAGUCUGAACACUGAGUCCCCGCCCACGUCAUCAUCUCAUCUCUCCUUUGACUCCGCCCAUCCCACUAAGCUCACUCAACUUCAUGCACACACGUCUGGCCCCACCAACCAACAGCACAGGUUUUCUCCCUCUUACUCACUUCUAAAUUCUUCACCGCUCCCCCCAAAGCCCUCCAUACACUGCCCAUCUCAGAAACCCUCUCAGUCUGACACACACACACUCAGCCCCUCUAAGCUCCAGUCACUGCCGGCAGCCCUGCCCGUCAGCCCCCUCCUCAAGAAGAAGAAGAAAAAGAAUAAGAAGAAGGCGCUCAAGCGCCGCCACUCAGAGACUAAUGAGCCAAUCACAGAGCCGGCGGAGACACACAAGCCAAUUGGCACGUCCCCGGAGAUGCAAGAGGAGGGCCCUUUGGCUGAAAAGAAGCGCAAGAAGAAAAAAGCAAAGAGGAAAAAGAUGGAGGGGAAGGGAGAGGGGCAGCUGCGGCAGCGGCCUAGUGCGAAGGCUCCACUGCAGGAGGAGGACUGGAGGCUGGGAGACAGCUGGAGGCUCACGACGGCUACACACACACCCACAGCGCGCACAUCACCCUCCUCACAGCCAAAAGCACAGCACACAGACACACCCACCCCUGACACACACACGCAGUGCACCACCCACACUCUGGAGCAGUCGGAGAAGCAGAGGAGGAGGAAGAAGAAGAAAAAGAAGAUGGCGGCAACGCUGGAUGGAGCACCGGAUGGAGCACAGGAGAAAGCAGACUGCCCCACAUCCUACGGCCCCCAAAGGGUAAAGCCGAACGCUGUUGGAGGGGAACCAGACACUGUAGACUCGGAUGAGUUGAAGCAAAAACGCAAGAAGAGGAAACGAAAGCUUGAGGAGGAGAGUCCGAGAGAGGAGGAGAGUCAGCCAAAGGAGGUGGAGAAAGCCCUGGGCUCGGACGACAGCGCUCUCACCAAACGAGACCAGAAGACAACCAAUCCUCCUGCCAUAGCUCUUGUUUUAGCCGCUCCUGUGGUGGUGUGGGACAGUAAAGUUCAGGAUGGCUACAAGCGCAACCAGGCUCCUGCUGCGAAAGAGGAGGAGUCUGGCAGUGGCCCCAAAGGAUGCUGGGAUGGUAGGCGGAGUGGAGGGGUAGUGGAGGAGCUGCUGAAGAACUCCAGUGACACGGCCUAUGGAGCACCAGUCCUUAGUUGGGGCGGAGAAGACUCCGUAAUCAGUAAAGAUGCCAUCGAAGAUGCCCAGUUUGCCAAGAAUUCCACAGUGAUCGAUGAGUGGGAUGAGGACUUUGACAGUGGGAAGGUGAAGAAAAUCAAGAAGUACAAAAAGGAGAAGAGGAAACGAGGGAAUGCGUUUCAGAAGAUCCAGGACCAUCGUAGUAUGUGGUCUGUCACCCCUGGAGGGAAGCGGAGCAGACUGGGGUUCCGCCAGUGAAGAGAGAAGCUGAGCCAGGAGGAAUCUGUCUCUGCCAUGGUGUCAGUCCAAUGGAGGGGGGUGUACGGAGGUAUUUGGAUUGGACUCCACAAGACCUUCAUGGUACCGACCGCUGCAGGAGUGUCAGCUGAGAGUGACGAAUGUCCCUCUCUCCUCUCCCUCUGCUGGGUCUAGGUCCAGCUGGUGAACUGUAAAUGUGACCAUACCGAGUCUGGCCGAACGGUUUUAAAAGACAACGUUUGUUUAAGAUGGAGUGUAUGGCUCUGUAUGUAAUGGUGUGUUUGUGAGUGCUCAAGAAGCUUUGGAUGGAGAGUUCUCCUGUUGCCUUUGAGUCUAAUAUAUAGAUACACACACACACACCAACACACACUCACACUUGCACACAGACCUUUGUGAUGCCCCCUAAAAAUUCAUUUCAGAUUACGUGUUUUUUGUUUGUUUUUUGGUUGGUUUGUGUUUUUUUUUUUUUUUUUUUUUUUUUUUUAAACAUUGGCACUACAUCAAUGUGUAGGUCAGUGGCCAUACUUAACCUUGUAGGCUUACAACGGAUGAACCCGUUCAUCCACAGUUGUCUGAGAGCAUGUCUUUGUGUCUUAUUAGCGGUCUCCCCUCUCUGGCUGCCUACCAAUCUACCCAGUGCUCCCAUCCACAUGAGAGUACUUAGGCAGCAGUCUGUUCCCACUGCUCAACUGGUGCCUACAGACACAUUUCUUUUACAUUUUUUUUUUUUUUAUACAUGUUUUGUCAUCUCCAAGCUGCUUGGUUUUGUUCUGAGUUCAAUCAUUGAUGCCUUAGUCAAGGAAUUCAAUAACCGUUAAUGUGACAUGGACUGAAUGGAAUGAGACGAUCGAACAUUUUUACCCGUCAUCUUUUUGUCACAUAUCACAUUUGGUCCCUCGAAGUACCCUGAAUGCCAAUUUGUGUUGGUGUUAAAGAGGUAUAUUAGCUCAGAUUAGCCCAGUUAAUCGUGGAUGUCGUUUAUGCAUUUUAUGAUGCCACGAAUGUUCUGAUUUCUGAUGUUCUGAUGACCCCAUUCAUGAUGUUGACAUGGUAACCCCCCCACCACUUUGGGGACAUGGGUGUGUGGUGAGGAGAAACAGCCCCUGACUUCACAGGAGGGAGUAGAAGACAGACUGUGUUGUGUGUAAGGGAUCAGUUUGGCAUCUGCCUCCAUAUUUUGACUAUGCAAUUGUGCCAACAGUCUAACAGAUCACCUUCCAGCAUCAUCUUGACCAGUCAGCCAUGUUCCCAUUCACACAACAGAGCUUACCAUCUUUCUCUCUGUCACACAUACCUGUCAGCCCAUUGUAAUUCACAUGUGUUCUCAUCAGAUGUUUAAUAGUAGUAUAUUUGGAAAAAUAUGAACUCUAUUUACUUGACCACAGAUGAAAUAUAUCAAUAUAAAAGUGAUGAUAUUUAAAGAAUAAUCCCAGCUUUGCCUAUGUAGAUCACUGUACAGUCCAUCAUGUCUCCCCACUGUCUCCCUAGCCUUGGAGCGCAGAUCCCCCCCACCCCACAUUCCCCCCGUAGAUGUCCGUGAGACCAAACACAAGCCUCCUCCGACAUAGGAAAUCUCACUGGCAGCACACAAAUGAAAAUCUUUGUACCUGGGAAGAUUUUUAGACAGGAUGUGUGUGUGUGUGUGCGUGUGUGAGUGUUGUCUGGGACCUUCCUUUAACUCUCCUGUAAAUGUGUUAGAUCCGAUUUCUAGUGUUUGUAGGAUGUUUGUAAAAAAAAAAAAAAAAAAAAAGCAGCUGGAAGUUGUUCAGCUGUGCAGGGAAAAACACAUUCAGCAACACACAACCACGCGCGUUCCAAUCCCAAUGGUUCAUGUCAUAUGCAUUGAUGGUUCUGAAAUUUGCACCGCCUUCCUGACCUAGCUGUAAUGUUGGGUCUUAAUGACUAGAAUAUAUAUAUAUAUAUAUGAACAAACCGGUGCAAUAAAGUUGUGACUUUUGUGAAGAAAAA